AUGGCGUCGGCGCGUCCUCGGCCCCUCCUCUGUUGUCUAUGGUUGCGGGGAUCCCUGGCGGCGCCUGCGCAGUGGCCGGUGCGAGGUGCCGCGCCUGCGCAGUACGUUUCCUCGGAGGAGGGGGAACAGAGGAGCAUGAAUGGAGCAAGAUGGCGGACCCUGUGCAGAGUCUAGCCCAGCUAGAGAUCCUGUGCAAGCAGCUCUAUGAGACCACAGACACCAGCACGCGGCUACAGGCAGAGAAGGCCCUGGUGGAGUUUACCAACAGCCCGGAGUGUUUGAGCAAGUGUCAACUGCUGCUGGAGAGGGGGAGUUCUUCAUAUUCCCAGCUACUUGCUGCCACAUGUCUAACCAAACUGGUGUCCCGGAGCAGCAACCCCCUCCCGCUGGAGCAGAGGAUCGAUAUACGAAACUAUGUGCUGAACUACCUGGCUACUCGCCCCAAGCUUGCUUCAUUCGUCACCCAAGCCCUGAUCCAGCUGUACGCUCGCAUCACCAAACUUGGCUGGUUUGAUUGUCAGAAGGACGAGUAUGUGUUCCGUAGCGUCAUUGUGGACGUCACACGCUUCCUACAGGACAGCGUGGACUAUUGCGUCAUCGGUGUCAGUAUUUUAUCCCAGCUGACCAAUGAGAUCAACCAGGCAGAUGCCACUCACCCUCUGACCAAGCACCGCAAAAUUGCCUCAUCCUUCCGAGACUCAUCGCUGUUCGAUAUCUUCACCUUGUCCUGCAAUUUGCUCAAACAGGCAUCUGGCAAGUCAUUGCUUCUAUCCGAUGGGUCUCAGCACGAUCUGCUCAUGCAGCUCCUAAAACUUACACACAACUGUCUGAACUUUGACUUUAUUGGCACUUCCACAGAUGAGUCCUCCGAUGAUCUAUGUACAGUGCAGAUUCCCACAAGUUGGCGCUCAGCCUUCCUGGACUCUUCUACACUACAGCUGUUUUUUGACCUCUAUCAUUCCAUUCCUCCCAACUUCUCCCCACUGGUCCUCUCCUGUCUGGUACAGAUUGCCUCUGUGCGACGUUCCUUAUUUAAUAAUGCAGAAAGAGCCAAGUUCCUCUCUCACCUGGUGGACGGGGUGAAGAGGAUCUUGGAAAACCCCCAAAGCCUGGCUGACCCCAAUAACUACCAUGAGUUCUGCCGAUUGCUAGCCCGACUGAAGAGUAAUUACCAGCUUGGAGAGCUGGUGAAAGUAGAGAAUUACCCAGAAGUCAUCAGGCUGAUCGCUAAUUUUACUGUCACCAGUCUGCAGCAUUGGGAAUUUGCACCAAACUCAGUACAUUACCUCCUAAGUCUAUGGCAGCGUCUUGCAGCAUCUGUUCCCUAUGUGAAGGCUACGGAGCCGCAUCUGCUGGAGACCUACACUCCAGAGGUGACAAAAGCCUAUGUCACAUCUCGCCUGGAGUCCGUGCACAUAAUCCUCAGGGAUGGCCUGGAGGAUCCACUUGACGAUGCCGGACUGGUGCAGCAACAGCUGGAUCAGCUCUCCACCAUUGGGCGCUGCGAAUAUGACAAGACGUGUGCACUCUUGGUACAACUGUUUGACCAAUCAGCACAGACCUAUCAGGAACUUCUUCAGAGUGGAUCGGCCCCCAGCAUGGAGCUGGCUGUGCAGGAGGGUCGCCUCACUUGGCUGGUUUACAUCAUCGGAGCGGUGAUUGGAGGUAGAGUCUCAUUUGCCAGCACUGAUGAGCAGGAUGCCAUGGAUGGAGAACUAGUAUGUCGAGUUCUCCAGCUCAUGAACCUCACCGAUUCCCGUCUAGCACAGGCUGGCAAUGAGAAGCUGGAACUCUCUAUGCUAAGCUUCUUUGAGCAGUUCAGGAAAAUAUACAUUGGGGAUCAGGUGCAGAAGUCCUCCAAGCUUUACCGUCGUCUUUCGGAUGUGUUGGGUCUGAACGAUGAAACAAUGGUGCUGAGCAUCUUUAUUGGCAAAAUAAUCACAAAUCUGAAGUACUGGGGCCGCUGCGAACCCAUCACAUCGAAGACCCUCCAGCUGCUGAAUGACUUGUCUAUAGGGUACAGCAGCGUCAGGAAGUUGGUGAAGCUCAGCGCUGUUCAGUUCAUGUUAAACAACCACACAAGCGAGCACUUCUCUUUCCUGGGAAUCAACAGCCAAUCAAACUUGUCAGAUAUGCGCUGCCGAACAACCUUCUACACUGCACUGGGACGCCUCCUCAUGGUGGAUUUAGGGGAGGAUGAGGAACAGUUUGCUCAGUUCAUGAUGCCUCUCACUGCUGCCUUUGAAUCAAUGGCCCAAAUGUUCAACAGCAACAGCUUUAAUGAGCAGGAAGCUAAGAGGAGUCUAGUUGGGUUGGUGAGAGACCUGCGAGGAAUCGCCUUUGCAUUUAAUGCCAAGAGUAGCUUUAUGAUGCUGUUCGACUGGAUAUACCCAGCAUACAUGCCCAUUCUUCAGCGAGCACUAGAACUCUGGUUCCAUGACCCGGCCUGUACAACACCGAUCCUCAAGCUCAUGGCAGAACUGGUACACAACAGGUCACAGAGGUUGCAGUUUGAUGUCUCUUCACCGAAUGGCAUCCUCCUAUUCCGGGAGACCAGUAAAAUGAUCACAACUUAUGGUAACCGGAUCCUGACGCUGGGGGAGCUCCCCAAGGAGCAGCUUUACGUGCUGAAGUUGAAGGGAAUCUCCAUAUGUUUCUCGGUGCUAAAAGCCGCUCUCAGCGGCAGCUAUGUCAACUUUGGGGUCUUCCGGCUAUACGGAGAUGAAGCUCUGGAUAACGCUUUGCAGACUUUUGUCAAGUUGCUGCUGUCUGUGCCACACAGUGAUCUGCUGGAUUACCCCAAGCUCAGCCAGUCCUAUUACUCCCUGCUGGAGGUGCUGACUCAGGAUCACAUGUCUUUCAUCGCCAGCCUGGAGCCUCAUGUAAUCAUGUACAUUCUGUCCUCUAUCUCUGAGGGGCUCACAGCUCUGGACACCAUGGUGUGCACGGGCUGUUGCUCCUGUCUGGACCACAUAGUCACAUACCUCUUCAAGCAGCUUUCCCGCAGCAGUAAGAAAAGGGGAGCUCCGCCCCCGCAGGAGAGUGAACGCUUCCUGCACAUCAUGCAGCAGCACCCAGAGAUGAUCCAACAGAUGCUUUCCACUGUUCUUAACAUUAUAAUAUUUGAAGACUGCAGAAACCAGUGGUCGAUGAGCAGGCCGUUACUAGGCCUUAUCCUCCUCAAUGAGAAGUACUUUGCGGAGCUCCGGAACAGCAUCGUCAGCAGUCAGCCCCCCGAGAAGCAGCAAGCCAUGCACCUGUGCUUCGAGAACCUAAUGGAAGGAAUUGAGGGGAACCUACUCACCAAAAACAGAGACAGGUUUACGCAAAACCUAUCGGCCUUCCGACGAGAAGUCAACGACUCCAUGAAAAACUCAAGCUGCGGUCCCAACAGUAACGAGAUGAUGAGCUGACCUCUCCCCCACCUCCUCCAUCAUCUCCCCACCACCUUCCUCCCCUUGUACAAAGUCCUGCACAUUUUUUUGGUAAUGUUUUGAAUUAUUUCUACGGACAGGGGAAUGAAAUACGGCGAGUGGAUCUCUGCCUCCUCCCCCCUUUCCACAAAGUGGAGGCGGGUGGGGUGCUUAUGAGCGAAUGUGAGAGAUGCACCUGUUCACC